CAAAAGCAAGUCUUUCAGAGUUCAGAGUUCAGUGGCUCCUUUAACGUCUGUUCAGUAAAGCCAACGACUGAACAAACUCAAGACUCGGGAUGCGAAGCGACGGCAGACGGCAUAGCUUCUUGGGUUCUACAAUGGCUCAAACCUUCAAUUCAGACCUUGCGCUAAUAAACCUUCAAUGCAUUAUGAGAAGGGAGAACUUUCUUCCCUGCUAUCCGACUACAGACUAGGGCGCUUGCCCGCUUUUUCUGCGCUCUCUCUGGGUUCUUCAGCACUUCUCUUUCCCUUCCUCCUCAAGACAACGUUUGCAGCAAAAUGCAUGGUUGGAGUUUAGAAGUAAGGACGUUUUCACUUUGGAAAUUUCUCAGCUCUAUUUUGAUCCGUCUGCUUAAGUGUUCGCUGUGGGGGAUCUAGUUUUUUCUUGUAGAGGAAGGAGUCAAAGUUUCAGUGACUAAACAAAACCACAGCAUUAUCUGAUGUCAAAAUUUACAUGGAGGGUUGAAAACUUCUCACGAUUGGAUGGUAGUACGCUUUCCUCUGUGAUGUUCAUGGUAAAUGACUACCGAUGGAAGUUAUGCCUAAAUCCAAAAGGAAACUCAAAAAAGCAGUUGAAUCUGUACCUCUUGAUGGUGGACUCCUGCAGGUUACCCACGAACUCUAGUAUAGAAACAAAGUACAGUCUAGCUCUUAUUAACCAGAUUGACAACAACAAAACCAUCAAGAAAGGUAUUUCAGCAUGACCUGAAAUUAUCAAUAUCGUUUUUAUGUGUUUGCUUCACUUAAAUCAUUAUCAUCCUAUUGUUCUGCACUUCUGCACCCUAAUUUUUAGUUUUUCAUUAUAGCCACUCACUUUAUUGGUGAUGUUUCUUAUUCACAAGAUGUUGGUGUGAGGAUUUUUGGCAUGUCGCCUUCCAAUACAUUUUCUUAAGAUUUUCAAAUGUCAAAGCAUUAUAAGGUCUCUUGACUUUUUCAUAUAUAGAGUAUGGAGUAGGCGUGCAAAGAUGAUAUCAACCAAAUAGCUACUGUCAGAAUCUUACUUCCUCAAUCUUACUUUUGCCCAUUACGCAGAGCGCGAGCAGGGAUACAAAUUCUCUCAAGGUAAUAAUUUUGGCUGUUCUUCAUUUAUCCCUCUCAAAAGGUUUCUUCAUAAAAGUGAAGGUUAUCUGGUUGAUGACAUGUGCUUGUUUGAAGUUGAACUUUCUGUUGUCACCAAUGCUUUUGCAACUUCCCAUGAUAAUGUAAGUUCAUACUUUCAAAUAUGCUUGCUUGAAACGGAAAUGUAUAUUCAUGAUAUGAUCUCAGUGUGGUUUCCUAUUUCUAAAUGCUUUUUUCCUUCUAUAAAUGUGAUCAGGCGAUUCCGGCUUUAGGUGUCGGCCAUCAUGUUGAAUCUGCAUAUGUGGAGGCUCAGUUGUUUCUUGAGUCUCUAACCAAGAAACCAUCCAGUAGCUGUUGGGCAUCUGAUUCUCCAACGCUUGAAUUGUCUUUGUUUAAAGGACAUGGCACUUCUGCAACAAUAAUCCUUGACAUACUCAUAUCAACCCCUUUGGAUAUUUUGGCUGAUCGGAGGAAUGAAACUGCAAUAUUGGAGUCUUUGUCUGCAGUUAUCGACCACAACCUUCAUUUGUUCAGCGAUGGACAGGACAAAGAAUAUAUGAACUUGAAAGUUACUUUCCCUCUGCUGAUGCAAGAAUGGAGAAGCUCAGUAGAAAUUAAUAGCAGAAACGAGAAUCCCAGCUGGUGGGCGUUAGAGAAGACCAGAAGUAUGCUCGAAGACUUGGUGAAAACAGGGGAGGGAAUAAAGGCUGAACUGGAGGAGCUUAAUAACAAAGAAAAGGAAUUGGAAGCUCAGCUGGAAGUUAUUAAAAGCAAUUGCUUACAGGUAAAGGAGGAAAGGAUACAAGUAUCCAAACAGAUGGAGAUUCUUUGUUCACUUGCUAUGGAGCAGGCUGCCAAAAUUGAAGCAAAAGAUGCAAAGGUGGACCGGGCUAACAAAAAGUUGGAGCACAGUUUAAAGUCAAAAUGGGCUGUAACAAGACAUCUAUUUUCUUGAGUAACAUAAUGACAUACAAAUUCUGAAAUUCCCAAUAUUUUACUACCGUCUCCUCUUUAGUUAGGCAUAUUUGACUUUUCACUCUACUAAACUUUGACCGGUAAUAUAUUUAUAUAAGAAUGUAGUAGUAUUUGUAAUAUGGAAAUGGCA